AUGGCUCUGCUCAAGGUCUCGCUGGUGGUCUUCAGCUCCGUCUUCUGGGUGGCGGGACUGGGCAUGUUCACGGUGGGCAUCUGGGCGAAGAUCUCGCUGGGUCACUACCUGGUCCUGUCCGCCCACGGCUACCCCAACACACCGUUCAUCCUGCUGGCCGCGGGCGGCGUGGUGCUGUUCUGGGGCUUCCUGGGUUGCUUCAGCGCCGCCACCGAGAACAAGCGGCUGCUGAGGACCUACGGCAUCUUCCAGGCGGCGGUGCUGGCGGCUGGGCUGGCGGCCGGGCUGUCGGGCUUGUUUUACCACAGGGACAUCGCCGAGGGUCUCCAGAGGGGUCUGAGCCGAGCCAUCGAGCUGUACGGGGAGGACGAGCAGAAAGCCAACGCCAUCAACAGCAUGCAGCGCUCGCUGGACUGCUGCGGAGUCCACAGCUACCGGGACUGGUACCCCUCGCCCUGGCCUGGGGAGCCGUGGGCCAACGGGUCGGUGCCCCUCAGUUGCUGCACCGUACGGAAGGGCUGCGACCACAACCCCGUCUCGCCCGGCGCCCCGGGCAUCCACCGGCCAGGCUGCUUCAGCAAGAUCCACCAGUUCGUGAGCGACAAUGUGUUCCACAUCACGGCCGGGGCACUGGGCUCGGCACUGGCUCAGACUAUCAGCAUCGUCUUGGCUUGUGCCCUGGCAGCCAGGCUUCCUCCCGCCGGGGGGCCACAAAGAUGA